GUGCAGCGAAGGGAAAAAGGUGUACCGUGCCUGUGCGUCCGAAAGUCGCCGAUAUCAGUGCGGUCAGCUCUCCGUUCGGUCCGGUGGGCUUUGCAAAGGACACGCAGCGAGCCGUUUUUGUUGACCCGACCCCGCAAAUACCGUGUCUCCGCCGUCGUUCGGCCUUUUGCACCGGUCCUUCUAAGCCCACAGCACUACCACUACCAGCAGCAGCAGCAGCAACAGCGACAUUCGCAGCAAGUUGCAUCAAGUAGGCGCGUUCCUAAACGAUCUCUUAUUGGCAGAUUAACCUCGGGCGCGGGUUUUGAUUGAGUGCGCCGCCAGCAAAGAGGCCGUGUCGCGACCGUGGGUAGAUUGAUGGUUGCCCCGCUUCUCGCUUGGUGGACGGCCGUUCCGAUGAGAACCUAGUGCGAAGCCGUUCGAAUACUGUAAGGAUAACGAUAGUGAAUGCUGAACGAUAGUAGGGCAGCGCGGAUCCGGUGCGGAGUUACUUGCCGUGUCCGUUCCGAGAUUACGCCGAGUCGGUCGGUAGCGCGUUGGCCACCAACCGUGGCAGUCUCUGCAGCUGGUGGUGCUGCGUAGCAAAUGCAGCCGACGGAAAAGCAGCCGGGUGCACCACCAUCCGACAACAACAGCAGUGAAGAGAGCGAUACUGCCGGAGACAAACAGCGCACCAAAAACGGCACCAUGUCGAUAGACAAUCGGAUCACCGAAAUCGAAAACUCUAUCCGAAACCCACGGAGACCCACCCCGCCAUCCAUGACAUUUCCGGCGCAGUCCACGACGAGCCGCCUGAACCGUGUUGGCGGUGUCAUGGGGGGAGGCUCAGGACCGAACAGGCCGAUUGUGUUGUCACUGCCCGUUAUGGAGCAGCGUCGCAGCGAAUCGGAGCUCAAGUUUCAGAAGAUUGUCGAUAAGAGCGGGCUGCUGAAAAUCAACAACCAAAUCUACCGGACGCCGCAGAGCGAGCUGGAAGACCUGGGCGAGUUGGGCAACGGUACCAGCGGGCACGUAGUGAAGAUGCGGCACAAUCCGAGCGGCGCCAUCAUUGCUGUGAAGCAAAUGCGACGCACCGGGAACGACGAGGAAAACAAGCGCAUCAUCAUGGACCUGGACGUGGUGCUCAAGUCAGAGAACUGCAAGUACAUCGUGAAGUGUCUCGGUUGUUUCAUCAGCGAUGCGGACGUGUGGAUCUGCAUGGAGCUGAUGACGACGUGCUUCGAUAAGCUGCAGAAAAAGUCCAACAAACCGGUGCCGGAGGAAAUUUUGGGCAAAGUGACGGUAGCAACGGUCCGUGCCCUCGCCUACCUCAAGGACAAUCACCGCGUGAUCCACCGAGAUGUGAAGCCCUCGAAUAUACUGAUCGAUGAUCGGGGGAAUAUCAAGCUGUGCGACUUUGGCAUUAGUGGCCGGCUAGUGGACUCGAACGCUCGCACACGAUCGGCUGGAUGCGCUGCAUACAUGGCGCCUGAGCGAAUCGAUCCCUCUAAUACGGUUUACGACAUACGGGCCGAUGUUUGGUCGCUGGGCAUCACGCUAGUCGAGCUGGCUACGGGUGUGUUCCCGUACCGUGGCUGCGUCAACGACUUCGAGGUGCUGACCCAAGUCCUCACCUCGAACCCGCCCCGUUUGCCCGAGGACCAGCACUUCAGUGUCGAGUUUCGCGAUUUUGUGCAGCGCUGCCUGCAGAAAGACUACCAAGCGCGCCCAAAGUAUCCGGAUCUACUGCGGCAUGCUUUUCUGCAGCGUGCCGAACACGACACCACAAUCAAUGUCGGCGAGUGGUUCCGCAACGUGGCCGUCAAUUGUGGCAUUCAACUGACCAGUCCGCCGCAACCUGCUUCCAGUGCCACAGCGCCAGCCGCCGCUUCCGGUGUCUCACUUGCCGGUGCCUGUGCCGCGUCGUCGGAACAAACCAGAAUACCGACACCACUGGGAAGCUUGACGGAAGCGGUGCAGGCACAAUCAAAUCAACAAAAGCAAACUAUCGCCAUCGCUGCCUCCUCGAUUCCCAUCAAAUCCGGCGCCAACUGUAACACCAACAGCAGCAGCAGCCCGUUCAUUACGGCAAACUCAUCGACCCCACACAUCAUUGUCGCCAACAACAACAACACCAUCAUGGAGCCCAACAACCUCAGCCACCGGCCACAGAUAUCGGCGGAGCAUCACCUUCAGCAACUGCAUCAGCAGCAACAGCAGCAAAUGAUACAAAGCAAGCUUAGCACCAUUAGCCUGGCGACGCCCACAGCCACCGUCGGAGCGCCACAGCCUCACGCAACAACUACCUCGUCUUCCUCUCCGGUGUUCGAUCCGCGCCGAACGCCCUCCCCUCAGGCUCCGUAUCUAUCGAAAUUGCAACCAAAAAGUGCCAUUACUAGCACCAGCAUCCCAAUUGUGGCUGAACGAAAUGGAUCACUCGGUCCCGACCAGCAACAGCAGCAGCAGCAGCUUCACCACCAUCCGUUGCCCCGCAAGUACAAACAUUCGCCGUUCCUGUCGCGAAGGACUGGCGGUGGCCCCAGCGGCGGCACGGCUGAGUACGGUAGCGGAAGCCCGAAAAAGGAGUCCUCGCUGAGUAGUCUCAGGCAGAGCAUCUUCAAGAACCUAACGACAUCGCCAUUUUCGUCUCGCAAAACAAUGCCGGCGAGUGGCGAUCCGAAAUUAACCAUCGUUUCGCCACCGAUAACGUACGGUGACGGGACCGGAGCGGCAUAUCACAAUCAGUUUGCGCACACCAAUGGUUCAGGUGAACUGGCGCUAGGCAAUCCUUCCUCCUCGCCCUUACUACUACUCCGGAAGGCGCAUGAACCAUCGCCGGCACACGAUGAUACUCAGUACAAACAUCUGCAGGGAAACACUAGUCCAAUUGUUCUUCAGCGGUUCUAUCACCAGCAGAACCAACUGUUGGAACAGCAGCGCGAAGCAUUGCAUCAGCAACAAACAGCAAUCUACGCGUCUCAUGGGUACGUUACCACGGCAACCGGCAGUGGCAGUGCUGUCGACGGUUCACCGCGCAUGAUACGCUACAGUCCUCUGCCGGCACACCGCACCGUUCACCAUGGGGUGCACCCGGUGCUGUCUGCGACACCCCCUUCGAACCACCUCUACGACGCAUCGCCCCUACCGCCAUCCGGUAUCCCUGUGUACCAGCAGCAUCCGUCUGCCGCAACGAAUAGCCCCAAGCACAGAGCACCUUCGACGUCCUCCUCGUCCAGCGGGGUGUCCUUCUUCAGCACGUUCAGUAGGGGUAUGAAGGGUGCGGGCCGCUGCGACAAGGUGAUCGAUCGAAGCGGUGCCAGUAGCGCUAUAGGCACGACGGUGAUGCUGAAUAUGGGUGGAUCACCUGCAGCAGAACGGUCCCUGUACGGCACGACGACGACCGCCGCGAUGACACAACCGCUUUACCACGAUCGGCAGUCGUCGGUUUUCGGUCGCCAUGGAAACCCAACGGUGACGGGGAGUACGGCUGAUGGUAUCAAGGACGAGACAGAUUUGGCAAAGCGUCGGUUCGCAUCGUUCGUCAAGCUAAAUCUGAGCAACAAUGGCAACGGUGGUGGUGGUGUUGGUACCGGCAUUGGAGGACCCUCGUCGUCUGGCGACAAGCGGACACUAAAGGAGAAGCACCUUUUCCAGCAGCAGUACACACCGUACCCGCAGCCUGCGUUCGAAUCCCCUGCCUCUACUGUUCCAUCGGCCAUUGGUGGCGGGUACGUGGUGCAGCCACCGUCGGCGAUACCGUCGACAAUCGGCCACACCGUUCCGAUGGGGAGUCACGUUCUCAACAGUGCCGCGGCCGAUCGACGACACCGUAGUCCUGAUCCUCCUCCAAGGUUUAAUCGGGGCCAAUCACCUCUGCUGCUGCAACGGAAACUCGAACAACUGGGACACACGGGAUCGCCACUGCUGAAUCGUAGACCAUUCACCUCAGCGUCGCCGUCGCCGCCGCUUCCGCCACGGCGCGGCUCGGAAAGUGUUCCCGGUUCGCCGCAGCAUUUGCGAACGCGCAUCAACUACACCCCGGAACCGCACCGGCGUCCCUACCGCACCACCAUAGACCAAUGAGUGGGACUCCAGAUACUGGUCAUGUGAUCCAUGUACAACUUUCUGACGACCGACUAACGACGAACACGACGAGAAAGGAAACUCGCUUGCUGCAACGCUACGCGCUGUGUGCUGUGCUUGGUGAAAUCGAAGUAAAAAGUAGACGCUGCUGUUGCUGUUUUUCCGUUGCUUGAACGCUCUCGAUCGACAAAGCUUUGGGCCUCUUGUGCCUGCUCUCUCUCUCUCUUUUCCCUUAAACACUUUCUAUCUCAAUGUCUCUCUGUCUCUCUCUCUCUCUCUCUCUUUCUGUCAGUUGCAUCCCACAGGAAUAGGAGAAGCUUUCGCGGCACGAAAUUUGCAUUAAACUUGAAGGUUGUUCAAAAGUCCAGAAAUUGUCCAAAAAAGAGAGAGAGAGAGCGAGGGUUAUAAAUGAGAUAGGAAAAGUUCCAUUAUAUAAAGCGAACUCGAACGAUAUGACCCCUGACUCACCGUACAUUUCCUGCGGAAAGCUAGAAAGACAACCAAUACGAUAGAAGAGAAACAAGAAGAUUGGGGCGGUAAUAGAUGUAACUCUAUUGUUGUGAACCGAACGAACGAGACACAUAACAACGCAACGGACGACGGAACACGCUCGUUGCUGUAAAAUUUUGGUAGGUUAGGAAAAAGUUAGCCUUUUUUACGUACUCCCCAAGCCACCGGGUGGUUCGGACCGCCCGUUAUAUAUUGUGAUCGUAGUAGGCCCCCCCACACCGGGGCGCGCAUACGUGAAUGCUUUGAUUUAUACAUAUAACGUACAUAUACAUAUAUAUAUUUUUUUUGGUGUGUGUGGUUCGGUAAUGAGAGCCACAAUCACGGUGGCCAUCUCGUUUGCCGCAGUAGGCUUCUGUUGGUGGGUCAACCACCGUUAGCGUGUGCUGUUGCGAGCUUUGUUUUUGCCUUUCGAUGUCAAAAUGUAAACGGAUACCUCAAAUCAAAACUCUCUCUAAUCAUGUGUAAUCGAGCGAGCCUCCUCGGUGUUCUCGGUGUUUUCACAUCCAUUGCUUGCUGACAAGGCUUUUGCGACAAUGGAACUGGCUCGUGCGACACGCUUUGCAUACACAUACGCGCAUUACACGCUUCCGAGCGAACUCGUUCGAUUGGCCGCUCAGGAAGAUUUUCCGAUAUUGAUCCUCAUUUGCUGACGUUCGUUUUUUUUCGUUCCACUGGAUGUUUGUUAUAUUUUGGAAUUACGCAAUUAUUUUGUCAAAAUUUACAAUUUAAAGAUGUUAAUACUUUUAAAGGAAAAAACGUGCUUCAUUCACACACUGAAAUCAGGCGCUAGGAAAGCUGGUAGGGAACUAGGUUUAACGAAAAGCUAAACUGAUAGUGGCGGCUGCUCUUAGAUUAGGCCAAAAUGUCGCCGGUGUUCUUGGACAUUGAGCCUGUGAGUUUCAUGGCGCGCUUCUGCAAAUCGUUUUACCACUGCUACAAGAACACAGACACGUAUACAGACGAACGGAGACCGCGCAAAAAGGGCAACGACGAGAAUCGCAAAUGGAGUAAUUUGUGGGAUAUUAUCAAACACGCAAAUGAAGGGCAGAAAAUCGUAAUAUCGCAAAAAUAGUCAUUUAAUAAUAUUAUUAUAUUAUGAUAUAUUAUUAUUAUUAUUAUUCUCUUAACAUUUAAUUGAUGAACCGCGGAAAAAGCUAUGAAAUUGAAACAACAACCGGAGAGCGCUCCGCGAUGGCGAAUGAUUUCGAGUGCCCUCGAAAAGGACCGCGAAAAGGGAUGGUCCUGGAAAGAUUAUUGUAAAAAGGCAGUAAGUGAAGCGAACGAAAUCCAAACAAAACUGUGAAACACACAACAUAGUCGAAGCAAAAAAAACGAAACAAAACGACACGGAAACGAGAAACA